UUUUACGUAUUUUCCCUUUCCACCUGCUCAUCCGCGUAAAUACGUGUCCUUUCCACGCAACUCGUCAGAAGUGUUUCAGUGGCGCAGCAAGCACGUCUUCGUUCCCUUUUCGUCAAUAAAAUUCAUAACCAUGUCUCUGGAUGAGAGAUUCAAAAAAGCAGCGGACGACGUGCAAAAACUAAAAUCAAAGCCUUCCAACGAUGACUUGUUGGAAAUUUACGCUUUAUUUAAGCAAGGCUCAGUCGGGGACUGCAAUACAGACCGGCCCGGUAUGUUGGACUUGAAAGGCAAGGCCAAGUGGGACGCCUGGAACGGGAAAAAAGGCAUGUCCCAAGACAAAGCGAAAGAGGAGUACAUUGCCAAAGUCGAAUCCCUGAUCCAAUCCAUCGGUUUACAAUAAUUUUAUUUAAUGUUUGUUGCAUCUUUUGAUAAUUUUUCGAAAUAAAGUGUGUUUUUGGAA